AUGUCGUCGAAUAAGAGGGAUAAGCUCAGCCAGGUGAUUCAGAAUUUCUUUCUGAAGGCGGCUAAUGUCAUCACCCAGGCUCGUUCACCCAUGGAAUUGGAUAACAUCAACACAGUGGGCUCUAGUAAACUGAACAAGUGGUUUAAUUUGGACAUCUAUGAUGGUUCCAGAGAGGAGAUUAAACAAUGGAAGGCGUUGAAUGGGAAAUCUACACCACCAAUUGUUAUUGAAACUUAUUUGGAUUUGAGAGACUUGAAUUUAAAUCAAUCGUUGAUAUUAAAAGAUGAUGAAGAUAAUACAUGGAAUAUCAAUACUAAGAAAAAUGAAAUUGUAUUGGAAAGAUGGCUGAUUGAAAUGGAUAGAUCAGUUGCUGAUGAUGAAAAUGUUGAAUUACCAUUGCUUUAUAAGAAAUUGAUUGUUACAUUUAGAUAUCUUUAUACAAUAUCUAAAUUAUUACCAACUUAUAAAUUACUCAAAAGAUUACUGAAGAUAAAACUGACCAAAACACCAUUGAAAGUAUCAACUAGGAUUCUGGAUGGUAAUAGACCUAUAGUGUCAAAGGGAAGAGUUGGAUUAUCUAAACCAAUAAUAAAUAAUAUAGAGGAUCAUUUAGUACAGAAAACUAUAACACCAAUAUCAACAACUGUGGGAACUUUGAAAAUAUCAGUAUCAUAUAGGAAACAUACAGAUUUCCAAUUAAUUGAUAAUGAAGAAACUUUAUCAAAUCAUUUUUUAAACAUUGAUAAGACUACUAAAUCAACUUCAGCACCUAUUAAAAGAGCUUUCAAGACAGGCACAGUUUCACCACCAAGUACAUCACCUUUAGGAAGAAACAAUUCAAAUGCCUCAUUGGUUCAAGCUCUGAGAACUCAACGAACUGGUUCAAAUGCAUCACCUUCAGCUACAGGAACUUCAUUUCCUAAAUCUAUAACAUCAUCGGUUGGUUCGGUUUAUGGUAUACCUGUUCCAAAUUCAAAUGAUUUGAGUUCAAGUGCAAGCGGUAGUACACCAAAAUAUUCAUCUUCAUUUGGUAGAAUAACGCGUCGUUCAAGUAUAAGAAGGUCAUCAAGUGUUGAAAGAGGUACACCAUCAAGUAUAGAUCGAACACCAUCAGUUUUAAGAAAUCCGUCAACAAGUGGAGGUGUUACUGCUACUGGUACAGUACCAGAUGAUGAUAUAAAUGAUUUUGUUAAAUUACUUGAUAAUAAACCAGACUUAAGAUUAAAAUAUUCACCAAAUAUUUAUGAUUCAUUAGGAAAAUUUCAAUCAAUGAAGACUAAAAAUGAAAUUCUGAGUGAUAGUAUGACUGCUAGUGUUUUUUCAAAAUCAACUUCACCUCCGCCAUUACCACCAAAUUCAUAUAAUACAGGUAGAAAUGUUUCAAUAUCACCAAAAUCAACAUCAAAUUAUUUACCUGCAAUACCUUCAAGAUUAUUAGAAAAUAAUAGUAGUCAAGAUUCAUUAGGUUUAAGAGAAGUUAGAAGUAAUUCAACAAAUAUUUCCAGAAUUGGUUCAAGUUCACCUGGUUCAAUAUUACGUGGUAGAUCAAAUAAAAGUUUUAGUAUUGGUCCAUCAAAUCCAACAAUUGCUGCAACUGCUACUCAUGCUAAAAUGCAUAAAAUUUCAAGUAAUUCAGUUGAUUCUAUAACUGGUGUUGUUAAAAAAGCUGCUUCUGGUGAAGGUACUACUACAUCUAAAGAUAAUACUGAAAAUAAUGAUGAAGAUGAUGAUCUGUUAUUUACAAUGAGUGAUAUGAAUUUACCGAAAUGA